AUGAACAUCCAAUACCUCCCCACCCCCAAAUCCAUAGAAACAAUACUCAGCACUUACAUCUCCUCUUUCUCCGCCGUCGCCCACGAACCCGUCCCCACAGGCGGGAACCACUGGUCCCUCUACCUCACCACCCCCAAAUACUCCAUACGCCUCGGCAUGAACCCCUCUUACACCGUUCCCGCAACGCUCAACAAAGGCGGCUCCAAAGGAAUCCUCAUCAUCAGCGACAUCCCUAACACCGAUAUGAUCUCCGCCUCAGCAACCAAGAUCGUCCACCUAGACGUAAGACGCGAUCUUAAAGUGAGCGAAUUUGUGGACCUGCUCGUGAGCGAAGGACGCCAAUUGUAUGAGUCUGAUAGUGAGGACCCGAGCUGUCGGUUCUGGUUGCAUGAUCAGAUGGGGCUGUUUUGA